GAUCAUGCCGAUAUUGAGUGGAAGUUUGCAAGGACAAAGCUCUGGAUGAGUUACUUUGAUGAAGGUGGCACCUUGCCACCUCCUUUCAACAUCAUCCCCAGUCCCAAGUCAUUUCUCUACCUUGGCAACUGGUUCAACAACACCUUCUGCCCCAAAAGAGACCCUGAUGGCAGACGGAGAAGGCACAACUUGAGAAGCUUCACAGAACGCCACGCUGACAGCCUGAUACAGAAUCAACAUUAUCAGGAAGUCAUCAGGAAUUUAGUCAAAAGAUAUGUGGCUGCUAUGAUAAGAAAUUCCAAAACAAACGAGGGACUAACAGAAGAAAAUUUUAAG